CCAUUUUGACGCUAAUUUGGUUGCCAAAUAAUAGACGAUCUCGGAGGUUAGCCGUUGCAUAUUGAUUUGUGUUGAUUUAGGCGACUGCUAAGCGAACCUUGACGCAUCAGACUAUUUCCGAAGGGCUCACACAGGUCCCUAUUCAGUUAAAACGUGACAGUUACUGUAUUUUGAGCUAGGACGGGAUGAACUCGAUGUUAUUUGAGUGACCGACUGCAGACAUUCAUUCGCAACUCUACAUUGUAUUCAAAAUACAACAGCAAUUAUGGCUGAUGAUCGACAAUAUCAUUUGAAAUUUGACAACUCUGCCGGCGCUCACGUUGACGCUUAUUUAGAGUACAAAAGAGUUGUUGGCGAAGAUGAUGGAGGAAAACCAUUCACUCCCAAGGAGUAUGAAAAAUACAAGAAAACAGUGGUUGCAAAACGAAUGCAAAAUAGAUUGUUCGUAAGCUGGACAUCACCUGAUGGUAUGGACUGUAAAUUGGUCGGACCCGAAACGCCAUGUUUUUGUACACACAGGUACAAACAACACAAGACUGAUUUUGAUGAAUUACCCACAGAGAGACCAAUUCAUUUACCGUGCAGAGUCAAAGGAUGCAAGUGUCGUGCAUAUCACUACAUUCCAUUGAACGGCAGUCAACCAAUCAGAUGUCAGUGCAAACACUAUACAGAUGACCAUUCUGAACGCAAGCCAUACAAAUGCCAAAAAGGUUCUGGUUGUAUCUGUGCUGCAUUCAAGAGUUCUUUCACUUGUAGCUGCGGCCAACCAACCUAUGUACAUGAGACUAUCGUAGAAACAAAAGAUGAGAGACAAGCACGUGGUCAUCCCGUGGGAUAUGAUGUACCAUACGCUGCUAUGGGAGGAUUAACAGGAUUCAGUUCACUAGCUGAAGGGUAUAUGAGAUUAGAUGACAGUGGGGUGGUGCUCCAGAUGAGGAGUGGCUGAACCAACCUGUUGGGGCCUCCGAUCACCCAUUCCUUAGAAUGCAUGCAACUGCUAUUAACCGUUUGGAAGGUGGUCCACAACGGGGGCAGAUAACAUCUGGUGAAAUGGAUAAACUUAGUGACCAGAUGUCGCACCUGAAAAAACCUGGUGAAAGUGACAUGGAUUUCUAUGAAAGGCGAUAUCAAGAACGAAAAAAAGAAGAAAGACUCAGAGCGCGUCAGGCCCCAGCAUUGAAGUCAAAAGGUUCGUCUAGGAAGUGAAAACAUCCAUAAAUAAGUCUCUGAGUCAGCCAAUAGUUAAAAUAGUGGUAAAAUAAUCAUAUACCACAGUGUUUUAUGUUUAGAAGUAGGCCCGGAACAUGAAUAAGACACAUUUUGGGUAAAUCCUGCUGUCAACUGAAAUCGGCAAUAUUUUCCAAUAGGAACAGAGCGUGUUCAAUUAUUAAAGUCAAUGGGAUCAUCUAGGAAGUGAAAACAUUCCUAUAUAAGUCUGAGACUCAGUCAGAAUAGUGUAUUGAAAUAUAUCAACUGUCACAUAUACUGUUAUUGCAAUGAUUUUAGAUUUAUUAUGAUGUAUAUUUAAUUAUUUUUAAUUCACACAAAAUGAGAUGAUUUAUUAGUUUUAAUACAGUAAAAAAAUUCAUAAUUGACCUAGUUAUGUCCACCACCUUCUCAUGCUGCUCAACAUUGGGUGAGAUUUAGGGAAGGGGGGAAGGUUAUACAUCAUUCAUGAAAAUUAAUUUUUCGUUAUAACUCUGAAUAUUUAUAGUAAAGAGAGCAGAUAAUUUUAUAUGAUAAAGACUUCAUAAAAGCAACUAAGGUAUAAGUAAUAAAUGAUACAUUGUAUAAAUAUUUAGAUGUGUAGACCACUAAAUCUGCACAUGGUACACCAUUGACUAAAAUUGCCUGAAGAUUAUCAUUGUAAUAAUCUUCAGUAUUUUAAAAUAAAUUCAGUUCACAUUGUAUUUUUUUUUUUCGAAAAAAGUGACCAGUUUGUACAGAUCUUGAUAUUUACAUGAAAACUAGCAAUCUUGUAGAGCAUGUCUAUUUUUUGUCUAUUGCA